AUGUCACCAAGCAAGUCGAACAACUUCUUCAGUAAGCUCGUGGAUUUAUCCCAGAGAAGUGAUACUCCUAUGAGUACUGAAAGUGGAAAAGAUGCUCAGACCGGCGACACCCAGGACAAGGUGGGUGAUAUUCAAAGUCAGAUCGAUGAGAUCAAGUCCAAUUUGAGUCGUUUGACUACGAUGGUUGAGGAGGUUCUCCAAGACCGUGGCUCUCGUCAUUGGGUACGUGAAGACUAUCGUGGACGUCCCUAUAAGAAGAGCUGGAGUAAAAGCUAUGGCUCUGAUGACGGUUGGCAUAAGAAGGGUGAUGAUGGUUGGAAUAAGCGCUACUCGAGUGGUAGCUCUGGCAGUCGUUGGUAA